CAAGGCGCUGGCCCUGCGCUCCGCCGCCGGCUCGGGCUGAAAAAGUUUCUCCAUGGUUCUUUUGUGUCGCCCGAGUGCCCGGUUGCCGACCCCAAGCUGCCCCAGUCUUCCCGGCAGGAGGAGGUGUUGGAGCAGCUAGUGGGCACCAGCCUCCUCCGCCCCAGGGGCUAGCCGCGCACUACACUGGCUCGCCAUGAUCGCCACCGGCGGCCUGCUGAGGAUUUCCGCCAGAAAGCAGGAUCCCCUCCGCCCCCCGAGCCAGGUCCCUAAACGCAAGCGGAAAGCCAGGAAAAGGCGUAAGAACGACGUCGUGGUGGUGAAAGGCAAGCUAAAGCUGUGUUCCAUCUCCGGGCUCAUCGCCCUCUGCGGAAUCCUGGUACUGCUGGUGGGCAUAGCCAUGGCCGUGGUGGGCUACUGGCCCAAAGCCAACGGGGCCAACAGAGAGGGGGGGAAGCAGCUGCGGCCCGCCGGCAGCGGCCACCGCCUCCCGACCAUGGCCAUCAGCCCCGGUGGCAGUAAGAACCGGUCCAGGAGCCUCCCGGGGACUCCGGGCAGUGCCAACUCCAGUUCCGCGGGAGCGCCCAAGAGCACACCUCCCGCGCGGCCCGCGGCCCCUUCUUCGUCCUCCUCCUCGUCUGUGGGGUUCUUCUUCCGCAUCUUCUCCAGCUACCUGCACUCUGACAAGCUCAAGGUCUUCGGACCCCUCAUCAUGGGCAUCGGCAUCUUCCUCUUCAUCUGCGCCAACGCCGUGCUCCAUGAGAACCGAGACCGAAAGACCAAGAUCAUCAACCUGCGGGACCUCUACUCCACCGUCAUCGACGUGCACAGCCUUCGCGCCAAAGAUCUGGCUGCCGCCGCGGCUGCGGCAGCCGCCGCCGCCGCCUCCUCCCCCUCGGCCCCCGCCUCGGCGCCCCCCGGGGCCGUGCCGCUCAAUGGCUUCCUCAGCUACGUGCAGUCGCGGGGACUGGAGCUGAAGCCUGGGAGCUGCAGCGCCGCGGGGGAUGCCUUCGGGGCGGCGGCGAUGCUAUCCAGGGGCUCUUGGCCGCACCCCGCGGCGCUGGGCGGGGGCGACGGCAGGGCCAGGGGCGCCGCGUCCCCGCCGGAUCUGGCCUCGUCCCCGUGCUGCCCGCGGGAGCCCCCGAGUCUGGCGGAGGCCGUGUACAGCAUCUACCGCGAGCGCUCGGGCGUGGCGGGCCGUCGCCGGGCAGCCGCCGCUGUGGCCGCCGCCACCGCGGCCGCCAGCCGCAGCAGCAGCCCGGCGCCCUGCAGCCCACCCGAGAGCUGGGGGCGCCAGAGCACCGCCAGCUCCCUCGUGGGGUCCUCGCUGAGCGCCUUCGCGCUGUUGCCUUUGCAAGGUGAUCGCGACGGGGAUGGAGACGAGGGCGCGGAGGGCGCGAGCUGCAGCUGGCAGAGGCCGCCUGGGGAACGCGGCUCCCGGGAGAUCCCGCGGGGCGAACUUGACCUGGGCUCGACCGACCUCCGCGGUGCCCGGGGCGGCGCGCGCUGUGCGCCCAGCGAGGACGAGGAGCCCGAGGGCGCGGCGGCGGCGGCGGCGGCGGGCACCGCCAGGGGGCAGGGCGGCCGCCUGCCCAGGACCGGCAGGUACGCAGCCCUGCGGCGCCGCAGCACCAGCGGGCUCCCUGAUUGCCGAGCGCCGCGGUCCCCCGAGCCCCCGCCCUCCCCGCGCAGCGCGGACCUGGACUGGAGCCUUCUGACCAAAGCUGCCUCCCCGUCGCCCCCCUUGCGGCUGGAGGACUCGCCCGCCGCCAGGCUGGACUCGCCCAGCUCCCAGGCGGAAGACCCAUCCUGCAGCAAUAAGGGCUACACCCCACUGAGGGAGGCCAGCACCUCCCUGAAAUCGUUUGUGGACGCCGAGGCCACUGAAAGUCAAGACUGUGAGGCCACCACCGUGCCAGGUGUGGAGCAGAGCCCUCCAGAGGAUCCCAGCCAAGGGCCACCCACAGCCCAGCCACCUCAGCAGGUGCAGAGGCAGUUUACAAACAAGGAGAAACUCUUCAUGAUUUCCCGGUCUCACGCCACAGGGGUAGAGGACGGAGAACUGGAAAGUACUGGCAUUUAGGGAAAGAAGGAAUGGGAGGAAAAAAGAAGUGAGAAAAUAGGAGUAAUGAAUUAGUGAAUUCAUUGAAUUCACUGGAAUGAGUGAAUUCAAUUUAACAGUUUCAUUUCCUUGUGGAUUUACCCAAGGAAAUUAUCCAAUAUCCAAAGAGCUGCAGAAUGCUAUCCUUGAAUUGCGGUCAUGAGAUUCCUGUAGAUAACUCCAAGCAAUUUUUUUUUUAAAAAAAGCAAACUAGUCUUUAUGUCUGAUGGUGAUUGUAUGUUCCAUGAAAACCAAAUGUAUUACAAGGUCAGCAAUCUAUUUCAUUAGAUAAAAUUCCCUUAAGUUUCUUAGAAUGAAAAUUAUAUAUUUUUUACAGUAAUUGUGCACUUUACCCCAACUUUUCUUUUUGGGGAGAGGUCCCUAAUUUCCCUAACCCCUGUAUUCUGCUGCUGGUUUUGUCCAUGGCUGCCUGUGAAUGACAAGCUUUUUUCCUCCUGUGCUUUUGCAGAGCAUAGUAGGGUUUGUCUCUGUUCUUUGAGAACUGAUCUCACUAAAUGAAGUCAAAGCCAAAAGCAUGAGUAUAUUGGGAAAGAGCAUUUUCUUUGCCCCACCCCACUCCACUCACUCAGUAAACCCAAAGGCCUCUUCAUUUUUUAAAAGGCUAUUUACAUUUUGCUACUAGGGUAUCUAAUGGAGACUGAAGUGGACCAGCAAUCCUGAAGUGGACCAGCAACCUGACACCAUCACAUUCUUAAGUUCACUAUAUCAAGUACACAAUACUUUAUUGAGUAUUAUCACACCUGUAUUGCAAAUAGCAUUAAUAUUAAAAAUAUUUUUUAAUAAAAGAAGUUUCCAAACAGUUAAAACAUAAUAUCGCUUCAUUUUGCCUUGGAACUAAUGCUUCUAAACACAUGUUAAACAUUUAAUAGUUCAGCUGGUAAAUCUAAAGUAUUUUGCUCUGACACUGCUACUAAGAUUGUAGUUACCUCCUGGCAAAGUGCUCAGUGCUAUCACCACUCAAUCGGUUUCCAGUAUAUUUUAAAGUUUUAAACAUCUGGGAGUUUUUCUUUCAAAUGGAAUGAUACAUUAAGCAUAUAGUUAUUUUCUAUAAUACUUCUAGUUUACCUCAAAGUAUUCAUUUACAGAGCACCAGGCUUAAUAUUCCAUUUGUGUCUUCUUGGAAUUGACUCACUUGAUCUUGAUAAAUUCAUGAUCUUAAACCCUUAGGCUAAAAGGUAAUGUUUUUAUAAUUUGGUAGGUUAUGUAUACUGGAUUUUCUUAAAAGUCAGUUAAUUUUCAAGAACAGUAAACAAUGUAUCAUUGUGAUGCCCUCUUCCUUUGAAUGUGAGCUGAGAAUCUUGAUAAUGGUGUUUCUUUCUUUUGGCCAUUUGGAGACAAGUUCUGCCAUUGCAUGCAGCUGAGACUAUCAUUGCAGGAGCUUAAAAUACUGAUUUUAAAGGAAAAUCCAGUCAAAGGGGUAGUCAUGUUGGUCCCCAGGAGUGAAGCAGUGGGUCCAGCAGAAAGAGUACAGACUUAGGAGUCAGACUGGAUCCCAGCUCUCAGCCUUGAACAAGUCACAAAUGCUGAGUCUCAGUCAUUCAGUCUAUAAAAUGGGGGUACCUAGACAUACCUCAUGAGAUGUGAGGGGGUAGAACAAAAGGCUAUAUGCAAAGAGCCGAGCAGAGUACCCAGCUUAGAGUAUGUACACAAAAAAUGGUGGUUAUUGUAGUUAUUAUUAUUUUUGUUAUUAUUAUGAUGAUGAUGGUAUGUUUGAAUGCAUGCUGUAGAAGAAUGGGUUUUUCCUGGGCUGACUUGAGCUCAGGAAAGCCUGGGCUAACAUUGGGAAUAUCCGAUUACUUUCUGCAUGAUUUUAGUCAAGUCACUUAAUCCCUUUGGCCUCUGGUGAAUGAUAUAAUCUGCCUUCAGCUCUAAAAGCUUUACUUAAAUGCAGGGUAUUUGUUUUGUCCUGGCUAUAAUCAUAUUUGUAUAUAAAACUUUGCAAAGUGAGUUUAUACUUCGAUAAACUACCUUUUACUGUAACAUUCUGUAAUCAGUUUAAGAGGUCCUAACUUAUUCUAAGAUUGGAUCUGAAGUAAGCUAAAACUUACUUUAUUUAAAGGUGUGGAUUAAUUUAUUUGGCUCUUCUAUGUAGCAAAGGUGAAUUUUCACGAGAGACAAGCAAGUGUAACCAUACCUCCAGGCAGUGUUGAAUGUCAAUAGUCUCAACUGUUUUAUCACACUUACAAAAAAUUUUCAAAUUUCCCUAGUUUUCUUGGCUAUUGUCUGGCAUACUGGGUAAUUUAUAUACUGAGAGAUUGGUGAGUUGCUUAAAAGGAAAAACAAAUUCCAGGGCUCUAAAAUACUGUAUCCAGUCCUCAGAAAAUGCACUGUAAGACAUGUAGCAAAUAAUAAAACCAUGACCUCUUAGUUUAACUUUAAAAAGUUGGGGAGAAAAAUAUUUAUCCCUUACAAGCUUUAGAAAAUUCAGUCCAACUAGUUGACUAGACUUAACCAUACUGAUUGCCUAGUUAUAUUAAUCAGAUUAAAUAUAUAACUUAUAGUUCAUAUUGAUCUCAUGGACACAGGCCCUUGGAAAUGUAAUAAUAAUUUCAGAAACUCAUUUAGCUCGGAAUCAAGUCAUAUCUAUCUUAACCAUCCAGGAAUUUAAAUGAAUAUUCUUUUCCCUGAAGAUAAAAAAAGAUAAGCUCAAUUUUCCAUAUCUUGGGAGGAGCCCUGACUUUCCACAGACCUCAGAAGGAAUCCCCUGCAAUCAUCCUUGUCACAGAAGCAGAUCUUCUGCCAUACCAACCUAAAUUUGUUCUCACUACUUACUGAAGGCUGUUCUGUUUACAUGCUUUAUACUUACUAGCUCAUACUUCUCAUAGCAACCCAACUGAACUAGGAUUAUUACUAUCCUCAUUUUACAGAGAAAGACACUGAGGUCAGGAUGUUGGAGUGCUUACUCAGGUUACAUAGUGGGUAAACAGAGGAGUCAAGAUUUAUACAGAGUUUUGUCUGAGAGAUCCUUUACCAAAAACCAAUCUUAGAGAUUUGCAGAGAAAUGUUAGAAUGUGCAGCCAGUUUAAAAGGUGGAGUUUUUGUUUAAAUCUUCAGACUGGCAUAAACAAGAUUUCUUUUCUAUGUGACUUUGAAGGGUUUCUUCUACCAACUCUAUAGGACUGUUUGAAGGGAUCUUAGUGAUUGUGGGACUCCCUCCACUCUAUUUAUAAAUGAGGUUGCUAAGAAUUAGCAAGAUGGAACAAUUUGUUCAAAGGCAAACAACUGUGGCAGGAUUAGAAUGUUAAAAUAAUUGCAAUGGUUGGCAUAUGCAUUCCCCCAACCCUGCCCAGACUUUUAUCAUGUACUAGCUAGAUGACAAUGGGCAAGCUACUUAGCCUCUCUGUGUCUCAGUUUCCUUUCCCAUACAGUUGUAAUAAUAAUGGUGCCUACCUCUCAGGACUGGAGUGACUAUUAAAUGAAUUACUAUCUGUGAGAGUGCUUACAACAGGGUUGGCUCACAGAGUGCUUCAAGGUUAUUUUGGUUUUAUUUAAAAUUGGAUCAACUGCUAAACAGAAUAAUUUCAUAUGGCCUUUCCUUUUAUUGACAGAAUAAUUUUAUGUUUAAAAAUCAGAAGUGUAAGGCAACAUAGCAUAGUGGCUCCAAGUGUGACUUGGAGGGUUACAUAACAUUGUACCUGGGUUUCCACAUCUUUAAAUGGAGAUAAUAAAUAUCAUCUGACUCAUGGAAUUAAUUAUUUAAAUGAGGACUAAACAAACUAAUAUACUGAAAGAACUAGAACAACUCCUGGUACAAAUAAACCUUCAGUGAGUGUUAACUACUAUUAUUAAGGCAAAAUACAGAAAAGUAAUUAGUUGGCUAAAUUUACUACUCGGUUGUUAAGGACAACCGUAAACUUACUGUACUAAAAAGUCUUUAUAAUUUAGGUAUAUUAGAAAGAAAAAAUAGAUCUUAAAAAAUGAGGGCUUCUGGUGCUACAAUUCUUCCAAAAGAAAAUAUAACUAAGGAGAGCUAGAUAGCUGCUCUGCCCAGUCCUACCAUCCUGGCAUUACGCAGCAAUGACUGAGGACCCAAACUGGCUUACUUGAUUCUAUGUGGUGAUGUCUAUUCCAUUUCCACUUACAGAGGCUGGUCACAUCAGAAAAGCCAGGUUAACCCCGCAGUCCCAGCCCCUUUCUAUUAGAGAGCUGGCUGGAAGAAAGGCUCAUGAAGACCCAAAGUGAGGAGCAGGUACAUGUUGAUGUACUUAAAUGUCUAGACAAAAGUUUUUCUAUACCGGUUUUCUCUAGUCAUGUUGGAUUAUUUAAAAGCAGUUUUGAAAGUUUUUGAGUUAGACAACUUAAAAAACUCCCCAACAACAUAAAAAUAUGACCAACUAGGCACAUGAAUUUGUAUUUUGAUGAGAAUAGUAUUUUUGUCAAUAUAUAAAACAUAUUUUACAGUCAAAGAAUAGCAUUGAUACUUGCAAACUUUGCAUUCCAUAGACCUAGAUUAAUUUUCCAUUUUUCUGCUAAAAAUCAUUGACUGAAUUUUGAGACCAAGUUUUUGAAUGACUCUCAAAA